AUGCGCGGCCUCCUGCGUUCCCUGACGGUGAUCUUCGCCGACCGAUCACAGGUGCCCCCACGCCGAAUGCGACCCUUGUCCGAAAUAGCACGGCCUCUUCCUCGGCUACUGCAGCUCCUUACGUGCGAAAACCCGGAGCUUAGCUCAGGCGCCGAAGACAACUUCGUCCUCGGCGCCUCUGCGACCGGUAACCUUCCUUGCCGCGGCAAGUCUGCGCCGGGUCGUCGAGAUCAAUUCGCCCUCUUGCUUGUUGUCAGGCUUCCGGCGGCGAUCGUGGCUCUGUACAGAAGUUGA